AUGAAUAUACCAAUCAUUAUCAUAUGUUUAUUGUUAGCACUCACAUGUCCAAUCACCAAGGGAGCUCAAUCAUUGCAUCCCGAUGAAUAUAAGUCUGUACAAUGGAUAAUGAACCAAUAUCAACAGACUAUGUCAUUGGUCAAUCCAUCAUGUGAUGAGAUCAACAUAUCCACAAACAAUGAGACUGACCUAAUAUGUACCAAUGACACUGUACAAAGAAUUAUUACAUUAUUGAAUACCAUGCCUGGAAUCAAAUCACUGAUGCCAAGUGCCAACCUACUCCAAAUGUUAGACAAUCCAAUCAAUGUUAAUAUCCAAGAGAUACAGAUUACCAACACUGAUGCCUCAUGGCCCGACAAUUUCCCAGUCAACUUCAAAUUGAAGACAUUAUACUUUGACAAAGUAACAUUAUCUGGAAACAUUGGACAACUUGCAUUUAACAAUGCUGUAUCAUUCAGGUUGACUGAAGUCAACUAUACCUCAUCAUUCACUCAACAUAUAUUUAUGGAUCCAUCACUAACUUAUCCAUCAUUAGUUGAACUUAUUUUGGAGUAUCCACGUUCACCAAUGACCUACACCUCAUUCAAUCUUAAUAAUGUUCAUUUCCCUUUGCUUAGUACAUUUGACCUGACCAACUAUGAGAAUGUGACAAUAACUCUUGGUGUAAAGAAUAUCACCAUUUUUUCUGUGAGGACUAUGUCACUGGACCCUUCAAAGACCAAAGGAAAUCCAUUAUCCUUGGUCCAACUUGUUGGAGACCUUCCAAACUUCUUACAACUGACACUUAACGGAGCCAACAUCAAUCCAACCAACUUGACCAACUAUCCAACCUUGUACAAUAUUAGACAUUUGAAUUAUACCAUCCCACUUACCGACAUCAAACAAGUAGAAACAUUGACAAUCCAAAAUGGCAACAUGAAGACUGCUCCACCCCCAAGUUGGUUGAUGCCUAGAAGUAGUACUACUUCGGUAUAUCUAAUGGGUAAUGAGAUUGAGGGAGAGUUACCUGAUUAUCCAGUGGCACCACAUACCUUCAAUGUUGGUCAGAAUCCUGGUGUUGUUGGAACUAUCCCAGAUUCACACUGCAAUAUCCAAUGGAUGGAUUACACCAAUACAUCAAUCACCAAGGUACCCGACUGUUUCUACUGCUACUGGACAUUCGUUGGAGUAAAGCUUACCAAUACACCUAUCAAAGGUGUGCCAGCCAACUUUUCAUGUCCGGUCGUAUUGGAUAAGACACACUUUAUUAUCACUGAUCCAGUGUACAAUAGGUUCACGAUCACUGGAAAGAACUUGGGAUUCCAUCAACUGUUUAUGAAUAUAUCAAGCCUUCUUGUGCCUGAUAUAAUCCUUCCAAGUACCAUAAUAGGUUUGACCCCUCCAGAACCAUAUGGCAAUGCAACAAUCUACUUCUCACAAUACAACAAGAAUCCUAUUACAAUAUUCUGGGCAAGAGAUCUUACUGUUGUGGAUAAUAUCGAGUCAACUUUAUUCAAUGGUACACUCUCUGUAAAUAUCACUGGUACCUUCCAAUCAGAGUACAACUACACUGUGUUGGUAACACAACAGUUGUGCACUAUAUUCCAACAAACCAAUCAAACACUACGUUGUACAGUACCAUCAUUCACCAUCAAUCCCAAUGUACCCAUGGUAUACAACGUCUCAUCUCCGUAUCAAUCGAUUUUCAAACCAUUAUAUAUCCAGAACUCACCUGUUGUUAUUGAUACAUCUGAUCUAACGACUGAUGGUGGCAAACUCACGUUGACCGGAUUGUUUGUUGUAGUACAAGUUGAUGGAUCAAAUGGUGCACUCUCAGUUGGUUAUGUCAACCUCUCAGUCAUUGUCGACAAAGUAGAAUACCACUCUUCCAAUCAGUUAUUCAUUGACCCUAUUGUGUUAAAGGAGGACUGUGGAGACAAGGCCAACAAGUGUAAUGGCAAAGGUGAUUGUAAUGGAAGGGGAGUGUGUGAUUGCAGUGUUGGCUUUGGCGGCCAUUAUUGUGAGUUUACACUUAGUCCAGAUGUACAGAUACUUCCAUCAGACACCUCAUCAGCCAUCCAGACAACAAAGUCAAAGUUGAAUUUCAAUCUUGUCGAGAUACAAGAGUUGGACCUUAAUCGUCGUGUAGUUCUGCCAAACCAGCCAUUCCUCGAGGUAUCUGUGAUAUUCCAAUUCUCGAGUCAAUCAAGAUCAUUGUCUUUUGGUGGCAUGGAUGUCAACUUGUUACCAAACGCACUCAAAGUGACUGUGUCGAUCAAUCACUGGCAGUUCUUGAGCAACAUCAAUUCAUUGAGACCUGUCUUUGCCAACACAAUUACCAACUUGACCGAUCGUCAUGACAGUCCAUGUCAUGCCAACACAGACUCUACAACCACCAUCUCUGACAACCUGACCAAGAGUCUGUCCUACAUCCAAGUCACAUUCGAGGAGACUGUCUACUAUGGUCGAUUCUUGCCUGUCGCCGUGGCAAAUGGUCGACCUACAAACUUCUCAGUGCUGGUUGACAAUAAGAAGGCGGACGAACGAUGUGAGGAGAAGAGUAACAAAUGGUUGAUCAUAGCCAUUGUGGUACCAAUUGGUGUAGUGACCAUUGCAGUGGCGAUCGGUCUAACCAUCUACAUCAAGCAGAAGAUGUACUACCACCAUGAGAACUCCCGUAUCAACUCUAGAUUGAAGAAUAUGAGUACAAAUGGUGAUGCCUAA